AGUCGAUUUCGGUAAAUUAUUGUGUGGAGGGCUUCAAAAGUUUUCGUCUAAUUCGUUCUCUCUUCUUUAUUGAUAUUGUAAAGUUUACUAAAUUGGGAGCAUCUAAUCAAAAUAAAACAGAAAAUUAUAUAUUUAUAAAUAGUGUUUAUUGCAAUCCCAUGACUCCAUAUCUAAAUGAAGAUUUAAAGAGUGGCAGUGAAGUGAUAAAAGUUUGAUUAUUUGUAGUUCUUUUUACUCGAAGUAUUUAUAUUCAAUACAUAUAUACGCAUACGCAUGCACACAUCUAUAAACGGUUAUUAGAAUUGUGGUACUCUAAUUUUUACAGCGAAAUGAAAGGUGAAGGCACAUAUGUACAUAUGUAUUUUUGGCAAUGUCUGUCCAUGUACUUAUAACAACAAAAUAACCAAUAAUUGAUUGUGAUUAAAUGAAAGCAGCACACGCAAGUAUUAACAUAUAUAAAUUCUCAAAAAGAAGACUUCUCAUAAGCCAACAACCACCCCCUGCAGUGUACGGGUGUAAAGUUCAGAAGUAGAUAAUAUUAAAGCACAAAAUACAAGUAUAUACUGAAGUUAAUGUUUGAUUAUUAGUAUCGAAAUAGUUAAAAAUAAUAUUGAAAUAAAUAACUAUAUUCAAAAAGUUGUAACAGUGAUGAAAGUGUUAUAAUGAGGCCUACAAUCAAAACAGCCGCCUAAAGAAAACAAAGCUUGAUCAUAAAUUUUGGAUGUACCACUCGUGUGAAAUGAGAUGCAAAGGAACCUUAUCUAUAGCACUUCACCGAUUAGUAAUAAGGCUUACCAUAUGAUUAUUCUGCAUUGCAUACAUAUGUAGAAAGAAAAUAUACAACGUUUCAGCCCGAAUGACUCAGAGCUGUUGCUCCCAAUCAUUUACAUUCUGUAUAGAGCGAAACGAAAUAUGUUGCUCAUAAGUGCGCUCGCGCUGGGUUUGGUGGACUCAACGAAUUUCAAUGCAGGCAUUCACUUGGGCAUAUUUAAUCUGGCGACCACAGCGGUGGCUGCAGCCACAACUGCGGUGGUAAACACAGCUGUUGCCGAAGAUAACGGGGAUGCUGUGAUAAGUGGCACAAUGCCGAUAAUAUCCACAGUUACUGGAGACACGGAAGGCGCGCAUGUUAAAGCUUUGACCACAGAUGCUGUUAGUGGCACUUCGAUAGCGCAUACAGCGACCUCGGUUGGCAGUAGUGCGGGCAGUGGCACCAUCACUUGGGAUAACAAUGGAACACUUCGAUCUCUCAAUCCAGGCGAUUGGUCCAUCGAACAGUGUGUUAUUUGGGAAAGACCUCAUCACCUCUAUUAUCAACUGGGUAAUGCCUUUUUUCUACUAGCGUUUAUGGCACCUCAUGGACCUUUUGGUGCAUUAUGGCUGCGAGCGCUGAUUCUCAUCGGUUGUACACUGAUGGCGAUGUAUGGCUAUUUGGUGGAGUGUAAGCCAGAUGUAGUGAUCUGGUCUGGACUAUUUUUUAUCGUCAAUUUCAUUUACCUAAUAAUAGUGUUGUGUCGAUUGCGACCUGUACGAUUCGAUAAAGAAAUUGAAGGGGUGUAUGCCAGCUUAUUUAAACCGCUUCGCGUGACGAGACAACAGUUCAAAAAGAUUCUGAGUUGUAUGAAACUAAUACGAUCCUUGAAGUACCAGGAAGUGUACGCGCAAGAGAAAGUUACCAAAGUUGACAGUCUGUCGCUCGUACUAUCUGGAAAAUUGGUUGUAUCACAGAAUCAGAGAGCUUUGCAUAUAGUAUUUCCACAUCAGUUCCUAGAUUCGCCGGAAUGGUUUGGAGUAUCAACCGAUGAUUAUUUUCAGGUAUCUAUUAUGGCUAUGGAAGAGUCACGUGUUCUCAUUUGGCAUCGCGACAAAUUAAAAUUAUCGAUAAUGGCUGAACCGUUUCUACAAUCAGUGUUUGAUCACAUUCUGGGCCGCGACGUUGUCAAGAAGUUGAUGCAAGUCACACAGGUAAGCGAAUCGAUAGCCAGUAAUGGAUUUUUGCCAUCGGGCAGUUAUGAUGAUGCCGAAGACAAGCCUAUGCUGAUCAUGAAGAAAAAUGUGGAAGGACAUGGUCUAACGGCAUUAAUAAAUCGCCAGCUUCAGGAAGAGCAUGUACCUUUACUUGGCCGUACCUAUAAAACUAAUACACUGCAUAUGGUGACAAAUCAGCCAGUGCAAGCGACAAAUCAAAAAUCUACAUUGCCAACCACCCGGCAUAAAAGUAUCGCACGCAAAGAGUUAACUUCUCCAUGCUAAUCGGCUAAAAGCGAUGUGAUCGAGCGCAGCAUAAACGCAAACUCGGACGCAAACGUAAAUGACGAAAUGCAAGUGCCGCCAACACUAAUGCUUCCACCAACGCCCCCAUAAUUGAAACGGCCAUCACACACAUAUACCCACCACUCAUUCACCACUAAUAUUCAUCAGAUCACUCUACUGUUUUCUUAAGUCCGCGCACAACACAUCAUAUGCACCCUAUAGCUAUGAGUUCAUUAAAAAAUAAGUUCUUCAAAAAACAAAAAAUUAAAAUUGUAAAUUUUUUUGUAUUCAUGUUAUCUGUUUUUCUUUCAUUAUUUUUUAAUAUGAAUAAAUGUAGUUUUUUGUGCAACGAUCUAAAAUCUUCUCUAAAGCUCGUAAUAUCUGUUAUUAUAAGAUCAAUUCUAUAAGAGAUAAUUAAUGAAUCGAAUUUUCAAGUGCUACUUUGAAUUUGAAUAGGUAAAUAAUAUGUAUAAAUGUUUAAUAUAGAUACACAUACUCGUAAAUAAUUUGAAAAUAUACCAAAAAGUUAAAACACAAAUGCUUUGUGGCAAUGUGAAACUAUACGCCUACUCUUUGCUACGAAGAUUUAUAUGUAUAUACUUGUAUGUAAAUAGUAAACUUAAAUAUGGAACUUAUGAAAGCGUCUAGAAGCUCAAUUUUGCGACUUUGUGUUUAAUUAUAGCAUAUAUAUAUGUAUCGACGUAGAAUAAAUGUAACAACGUAAUGCAAAUUAAUAGAGUGAGAAGCUUAAUACAUUUUCCGAAUAUUCUCAAUUCCCCUUUAGAAAAUACAAAAUUGUAUCAGUUUGCGUUGUUUUGCAAUUAUGUACAUUUGUAUGAAAAUCAUAUUAUUCUUAAGUUCUAGGUUGCAUAUUCCAUAAAGCGUGUAAACUUAAUACUUUAAAUUUUAUUUCAGUUUUUAGUAUUUGUAUCAUAUAUUUAUAUAUUUUAGUUGCUUUGAGUAUUAAAUACUUAUUUUUGUAAUAACCGAA